CGCCGGCGUCGUGGAGGCUGCAUCUCGGCGAGUGGCCGGGCCAGCAUCUGCAGCGGCCACCAUGAAGCACCCCUGGACCGACUCGCUCUAACCAGCCGCCGAUUUUUCCUCCCAGGUGUUGUGACAGCUCGAGUGACAUGGCCCGCACCUGGAAAAUUUAUGUUUGGACCAUCCUGGCAUUUAUUAUUACCUGGCUGGCCUCUCAGUCAAUGGCAGCUCUGGCUACUCACGAUAACUCUAUACCAGUAGUGAAAGGGGUGAAAAACGCGACCAACACCUCUCACCCCAAGGUCCGUCAGCCUUCCACCAAAAUCCGAGCGAAUCCGAUCGCCCGCGGUGGCGUUUUCCCCGUUGGCUCAGCGGUCAAGUCUUCGUCAAGAGCCGCGCAGGAGAACGAGUACUACUCCUACGAAUACUCGGACGAGCCGCUCGCCAACGACAACAACAAUAGCGGAAAGAGCGAGGCUGCGAUUUGGCUGCAGGGGGUGGUGCCUGACCCUGAGGCUUUAAAGGCCAGCGAAGACCUCGAAGGCCAGGUGUUGAGCGACGAGCCGGAGGAAGAAGUGGAGUUACCGGACAACAGUCUCGCCGACGGCGAUCUCCACGACCAUGAUAUGAUGGACAGCGUCAUGUUCAUUUACUAUAGUCCGAAUGAGCAAGAAAACGGCGGAACUACCAGUCAGGUAUUUCUGGCCGGAAUGAUCGUGGCGCUGCUCGCUCAGGGUCUGACGGCUUUUGGCGCCCUGAGGAAGGUCGCCAGGUCAAGGUGCAGGUCAACACCAUCGGCGGGAAUCCCCUCUGGCUCCGUGCAUGCAGCCAUCGUCCUUCUGCAUACCGAAUUGGCACUCGCCACCGCGUCCCUCGUUUUCAUCUUUGCAGUCCAUGCCACAAUGGACAGCGCGCGCUGCCAGGCCAUUUCCCUGUUGCUGCACUACUUGCACCUGAGUGCAGCGUGCUGGUUGACGGCCAACAGCGUCAGGGUGUACCUGUGGCUGGCGAGGGAAACCGCCCUGGCACAUGACCGAUCCUCGUCUAGGGCGCCGGGACUCCAGAGUUUGGCCGUCAUCGCCUGGGCUCUGCCUCUGCUGCUCGUUUUGCUGAGCUAUUUGAUUCAUCCCAAAGGCUACGAGUUCGGAAGAUACUGCUGGCUUUCAAUUCAAAAGGGAAUGCUCGUUUCUUAUCUAGUUCCUGUCGCCUUCCUCAUCACGGCGACGACUGCCCUGGCAGUUCUGGGCGUUCGAAAGGCACCUCACAAGCUGCACUGUUCUGCUUCUGAGGACGCAGCCCGAUUGAGCCUCCGCCUGAGCGCCUGGACGAUGCCCCUAUUCGCAGUGUCUUGGUUCUUCAGCGUUUUGGCCCUUGAGCAGUCGCAGUCCCUUGCGGCAUCUCUUCUUUUUGCCAUCACAGUUGCCAUCUUUAACUGGUUCGUCUUUGCCUGCUCUUCCACCUUAUUUCCCGACUGUCCUUCUGCCUUGGUGAGGAACUUCCAUCCCCUGGCAUUGCCUGCCGGUCCUCACGGCCCUGGCAACCUUCUCACUUCGCCGCCGUCACCCCUGCAGCAUGACGCACAACCCCUGCUGCCCGCCUCCGGCCCUGGAAUGAGCAGUCGCGGGUGGAACAACGGUUGGACGCCCAGGACCCACCCUGAACUACCGUCGCCAGCUGACAGAAUUGUGUGGGCUGAAGAAGAUUCCUCGGGCUCUGCCGCGGCCGCUGCCACCUCCACCCUGGCGUGCAACCCUGAUGACGAUUUGAUGGAACCAGAGGAGACGAGUGAGCUGCUGGAACUCCGCCUCGAGAACAUAAGCACCAUCAGCAAUUAAGACUUCUAAGAAAGUUGAACAGAUCUGGAUUUUUAUAAAAUUUAAAAUUUAUUUCUGGGCUCAGAUCGCAGUUGCUAGAAAAUUACUUUUCAACGGGUACGGAUGAUUUUUGGAGGAAGAAAUAAUUUAGAGGCCAAAUUUAAAAAUAUAAAUAGUAAAAAGUCUUUAAAUAUUUGAGCGCACGACAUAGUUUCUGCCUAGACAGCAUGUGAGCGAGAUUUCAAUUUUUCGAAAGGUUGCCAAUUUUAGGCUUUGCAUAUUUAUCUCAUUAUUUAUCCUGUGAAAUAUAUUCACAGACUUGGUUAAAUAUAGCAUGAAUUGUGCAUACUUAUAUUUAACUCAUCAAGUAGGCCUAUAUUAGGCAUCGUAGGCUACGCGUAUUUUUAAAUUAUUAUAAAAAAAACGUGCUUUCCAAUAAUUCGGAUUCCUCCAUCAUCACCAAGCUUUGUUACAUUUGCCCUAAAAUAGAAGACAUUUGCACGCGAAUUUCGCUUUGUAUUUGAAAGUAUAAAUUAGUUUUUAACGAUGUGAUUUGUAAAACUAUAAAUAGAUGGAUAAUUCAUCGAUUUGCUAUUUGAAGCCGAGAGCGUAUUGCAAACACACGUGAAUAUAUUAAUAUAAUUAAAUUGAUGGCCUACAUUUGAAACAAUCUAUCGACGGAAAUGUAUUGUUUUAGAAUAGAGGUCGAAAUUUGGAAGGUGAAUUGUGAAUCGAAAAAUCCCUGCCAUAUAUAAAUUAUAAAAUGUUAGCAAACAAAAAUUAUAUUAGUCGUGGCAAUCAGGACUGUUUUUGAGCGAGACCCAAUUUGAAACCUUUGUAAUCGAUAUAGGUGCUUAAUGAAAAUUACAAUUAAUUAAAACGGGAGUUGAUUAAGUCUUUCAAGAUUAACGAGCACUCCAGAAAUGCGGCUGCUCUUUUUACUUAUAGAAAAGCCGCAGCAGUUUUUUUUUUUGCUAAAUUUUAAUUUUUGGCCAGAAGAGUGACAUAAUUAGAAUUUUUGCCUUUCUCCCGAGACGAAAACAGCCGUUUUGUGAUCUCAUACUAUAUAUGAUAGCUCACUCGCACACUUUGUAGAUGUAUAAAACUCUAUAAACUCCUCUCUCGUAUGGUGCUCAAAUAAAGAAUUGAUUCUUCCCGAAUAUUCCUCAAGUAAAAAUGUGUCAACAAUUCCUGGACAUUGUAAUGGAUUUACCAUGUAAGACAAACUUGAGACACGAUUCUCACUUUGUAUUUAAAAGACAUGCAAAUUAUGUAACGAUACAUAAAGAAAAAUCACCAAAAGUUUCCAAUCUAAAAGUAGGUUGAUCGUCGCUCAUCGUGUUACUUUACUUUCUCAAGUACUUCCGUUUCUAUAGAAAAAAAUUAAUAAUGUAUAAAUUUAGAGCUCUACCAAAAAAUCUAAUUUAAUUCAUGAUUUAUGAAACAUUUUGUCAAAGUUUAAGAAAAAAAACUACUCAAAAUAUUAAUUGAAAAUUAAAAAUUGUAAAACCAUCAUUUUCAUGUUCGUCUUCCAUAUUAUCAACUAACCAUAGCGUAAGUCACCUUUCAAAAUUCAUGUGAAUAUAUAUUUGAACAUGUAAGAUCAAAAACUUGCAACAAAAAUUUUGGCUGCAAAAUUGAAUAAGUCUAAAUUUGAUGAAAAAUAUCGACAUUUUGUCGUUUGAAAUAGUUUUCUUGCUGGAUUGUUCUUAAAAUUUAAUAAUUAAUUUGUAACAAUGAGCAGCUAGUUGUGCUGCCUCCAAGUGUAUAAAGAACUGGAAUCGUGACCCCACGUAAUGUGUAUAAAAAUUUAAGUAAAUGAAAUCGAUUAUUACUUAACAAAGAAAUACAUUAAUCACCGCUACAUGCACGAAUACAAUUUACAACUUGUGAGCAAAUGUAUUGUAAAAAAAAUACUGUAUUUGGAAUGUAAAGAAAUUAUAGCUAUAAUAAAAAUCUACCUUUGGAUUAUGUAUAAAUUUCAAACGAUCAAUAAAAUGCU